AAAUAUUCGAAAGAAAAUCUUAAAACUUUAAUAGGUGGGAAAUCAAUAGUAUAGGGUUAAAAAAUUGGGUGACAAAACAAUGACACCGUAGAGAUUAAAUAAUAAUCAUUUGCAAAGCUAAGGAAGGAUUGGAAAAAGGGAUUAAAUUAGAGAAUGUUAAAUUAGUAAGGGACCAACAAGAAGUAAAUAUUUAAAGUGGGAGUCUUAAACGCGAGAAUCCUAAAUUAGUAAGGACCCUAAGUGUGUAAAUAUGAUCCUUUUGGGCGACAAAUUGCUAUGUAAAAUCAAAAUUCUCCAUUGAAAUUGCUCUCAGGAAAUGGCGAAAGAUUCACCAAAAACUCCCAAGUCGAGGUCGGCGACGAAUCCAUCAGUUGGCGUUUGGGCAGUACAGUGUGAAAAAUGCUUGAAAUGGAGGAGGAUUGCGACACAGGAACAGUUUGAAGAUAUCAGAAGUAGGUUUACUGAAGAACCCUUUAACUGCCCCAAUGGUACUUGUGAUGAUCCUGCAGACAUUGAGUACGAUGCUUCUCGAACUUGGGCUAUUGACAAGCCCAAUCUCCCUAAAACCCCAUCUGGCUUUAAGAGAGAAUUGUACCUCAGGAGAGAUUACUCUAAGAUGGAUACUUAUUAUUUCACUCCUUUAGGGAAGAAACUCAGAUCCGUUACUGAUGUUACUACUUUUCUUGAACAAAAUCCCCAGUUAUCUGACGUUAAACCCUCAGAUUUCAGCUUUACCAGCCCCAAAGUUAUGGAUGACACCAUACCCUCUACCGCUCUUCUUGCCAACUCUCACAAGAAGGGUGUAGCUAGUAGCACUAAAUGACUGGAUGGAUGGAGCUGGACUUGUUCAUAUGCUUAGUAGAUGCACUGUUUAGAGUCUUAAAGGUUCAACUUAUUCGCCAUGUAUUGUUAUUUUCCAUCUGCAAAAUACAUUUCAACUGCUCUGUUUACUUUUCAUGGUGAUGGAUUUGGUUGUGACAAAAAGGAAAAUUUGUUAGCCUUCUUUA